AUGCAGAACAGAUCAAAAGCCAGAGCAGAACUACAGCCAGAACAGAGCCAAAUUCAAAGCAAAGUCAAAGCCAGAGCAGAGCCAACGCCACAACAGAACCAAAGCCAGAACAGAGCCAAAGCCAGAACAGAGUCAAAGCCAGAACAGAGCCAAAGCCAUAACAGAGCCAAAGGCAAAGCAGAGCCAAAGCCAGAACGGAGCCAAAACCACAGCAGACCCAAACCAGAGCAGUGCCAAAACCACAGCAGAACCAAAGCCAGGACAAAGCCAAAGCCAGAGCAGAGACAACGCCAGAGCAGAGCCAAAUCCAGAACAGAUCAAAAGCCAGAGCAGAACUACAGCCAGAACAGAGCCAAAUCCAAAGCAGAGCCAAAGCAGAGCCAUGCCACAGCAGAACCAAAGCCAGAGCAGUGCCAAAACCACAGCAGAACCAAAGCCAGAAGAGAACCAAAGCCAAAGCAGAGCCAACGCCAGUGCAGAUCCGAAGCUACAGCGAGAGCAGAGCCUGAGCGAGAUCCAAGGCCAAAGCCAGAGCAGAGCCAAAUCCAGAACAAAGCAAAAGCCAGAGCAGAACCAAAUCCAGACCAGAGCCAAAUUCAGAACAAAACCAAAAACAGAGCAGAGCCAAAGUCUAAGCAGAACCAAAGCCAGAACAGAGCCAAAACCACAGCAGACCCAAGCCAGAGCAGUGCCAAAACCACAACAGAACCAAAGCCAGGACAGAGCCAAAAGCCUGGGCGAGAUCCAAGGCCAAAGCCAGAGCAAAGCCAAAUUCAGAACAAAGCCAAAUACAGAGCAGAGCCAAAGUCUAAGCAGAACCAAAGCCAAAGACAGAGCCAAAUCCAUAGCAGAGAGGGAAUCGGGAGAGAAUUACAGAGAAUAAAGCUUUAG